AUGGCUUCAAAUUACCGCGUUGUUGAGCCUCACCCUUCGGUGCCUCACACCACUCGUCCUGCCGUUUUCACUGGCCGCGGAGGCUCCGGCAAUGUCGUCAGUCUUAAGAACACCAAGACCACCGAAUCGCGCACCGCAACUGGUCCCGCCUCAUUAACUCGCCUCGACUCCCGCGCUCCAACAACUUUCAUCGCUGGCCGAGGUGGUGCCGGCAACGUCCACAGCAGCUCCGAGCGCGCCAUCUUCAGCUUCGACGAGGAGCUCGAGCGCGACUGUCGCCGCGCUGCCCCUGUCUACCACGUUGGUCGUGGUGGUGCCGGCAACAUGAUCAGCCGCGCCGACGACUCCAGCAGCAACUACAGCCUCAGCCGCAAGUACUCCGGCGCCAGCACUGCGACAAAUAGCAGCACCGGAUCCGUGGCCGACCGCGCUCGCGACAUGGCCCGCCGAGGCCUGGAGAAGGGAUGGGGCAAGCUCAAGGGCACCGCAUAA